AUGCUUCCCUACCCGGAGGUGCUCGACGAGCACAAGGGCGGAGGGCUUUCUUUGUCGGCACGGUGGGCUAGGUCUUUCCUCAAUGUGUUUGUGGCCUGGUCCAACUUUGUCGUCUUGGGGUGUCCUCGUGAAGAUGGGAGUGGGUUCGAGCCGCGAGUAGGGUAUCGGUGCCUCGAACAUGUUCGGGAUUUUGCUGAUAGGCUGCUUGGCGAGGUGGAAGAAUUUGUUUGUGAUGAACUGGCCCAGGGGACCUUCAAGGCCGAAGGCAAGAAGGCUUCGAUCGAAGAGGUGCUCGUGAGGCUACAGUGUACAGGAGCUGCAUGUUACUUUGACUCUGCGGGCAAGGCUGCGGCGAAGGUGGCUUCGACGGCUUUGCCAGUGGUGUCCUCUCGAGUUGCGACCCCCUUGCAGGCAGGACAGGUUGACCCUUUAGAUUGGUUGCCCCCUGCGCAAGCCUGGGUAGUCGAGCAUCUUGAAGAGAUGCGGCUGCCCGAGCAUCUUUGGAGCGAGCGUGUGCUCGCCUGUCACCAGGUGCCAGCCGAGGAAGAGCCGGCGCUCGCCGAUCGGCUGUUGGAGGCAGGGAUGGCGGUGCUGGUCCCCGAGACUGAGCUACCACGACGGAGCGAUGGGUCCCUGCUUUCGGGAGGCCUCUUCGCAGUGGAGCCUGCUUCGCUCGACUACUUUUACGGCCAGGUGAGUAUCUCAGGGGUUCUGGUGAUGAUCUCCGUGGCGGCCAAGCACGGAGGGCGACCGGGUGUCCGGUACCGAUUGUGCUUCAGAGUCCUGGGGAUGGGCGAUCGGAACGGGUGUGCCAUCGCUCAGGCGACGCACGAAUCGAUCCUGAAGAAGUUCGGUCUGCUACAACCUCAGCAUCAGCUUAGAUACGGUGAUCAUAUACCAGAUUCGAGUUUGGUGGAGGGCGUGUACAUUGAUGACCUGCUGAUUGCGCGCAUUUGUCAACAUGGUGAGGUAGUCCCCGUAGAUGGCAGUUUUCAACCUCCUCCCCCGGAUCCCGAGGAUGAAGAUGUACUACAUGUACGAGCUGCUGAAGAAGCUUAUGAGGCCGCCGGCUUGGAACGAGCGAUACACAAAGCCUUUCGCUUCGAGACGGCCUUCCGUUGGGCCAGCAAGGAGGUUUUGCAGGCGAUCCUCGGCUACCUUUCCUUCAUUUUCCAGUACAGGCGGCGGCUCGAUCGGCGGCUCCUCGCCACGGAUGCCACGCCUACGAGUGGAGGGGCGGUCGUGGCCGAGGCGCCCGAGCCCUUAGUACGAGCUCUUUGGAGGCGCACCGAUGUGAAGGGUGAAGCGGUGCGCCUGGACAGGACCUCUGACUUCGUGAUACGACUCGCCAGCAUCUUCGACAACGGAGGGCAGAUCAAGAUAUGCCUCAACGACAGCCGGGUUGUAGUCGGAGCUUGCACCAAGGGGCGAUCAAGUUCAUUCAAGUUGAAUGGCAUGUUGCGCUCUCAGCUUCCCUAUCUGAUCUUUGGGGACCUGGCUCUCGCCCUGCUGUGGGUUGAGACCGAGUCCAACUUUGCCGAUUGGCCAUCGAGAUUCAGACCGCUACCGGCACCACGGUCCCCGCCUGAAUGGUUAGCCCGCCUAGGUGUAUGCCCUGAAGGUGACUUCCGCGGCAUUAUUUGCGGGCCCAGCACGCUUGACUCAGUGGAGGAGCCGGUGCUCUACAGCACCAGCCCGGGCCUCUGGAGUGAGAAGUUGGAGCAGUUGAUUGCCAGCCGGCGGAUCCGAUGGCUGUGGCUAGCACCUCCAGAGCAUUCUUUCAGCACGAAGGGGGGGACCGCGAGACCCAAAGGACUAUCCGAAGGUGAUGUGCGGCUGCCCGAGGUCGCGUGGGGAAACCUUAUUUGGAGACGUGUGCUACAGUUGGCUGCCCAGGUCAUGGAUGCCGGUGGCUACUUCUUCAUCGUCCACUCGAAGGGCUCCAAGGCGUGGCGUCUGAGGGACACCGAGCUGUUCUUGCGAAGGGAGGGCAUUGUUCGGUUGCAGUUUGACUUUAGUGCAUUCUGGGACGGAGAUCAGACGAGAGCACCGGGACGCAGGAUAAGAACGCUUGCUCUGCUGCUUAUGUUCUUGCACAAAGGGGCGGAUGCAGAGGGACCGGGAGAGGUGAUGGGAUUAAAGAUCGGCGACUUGCUGUUCCCUGAAGAUGAAGAGCUGUCUGAGGGCGACUUCAAGGUAAUCCGAUGGCUAAAGUGGUGGUGCGCAGACCGCGGGCGCAUUACACUUUGGCAAGCUUCCGCUCUGGAGGCGCGACUCACUACUCACCAUUUCAAGACGUUUGCGGACCUAGCCUCCUUGCAGUACUUGGGUCGAUGGGUUCGUGCGGAAACGCUCUGCCACUACCUGCACGAGGCCAUGGCUGUUCACACUGCUUCCCAAGCUUCAGACACAGCGCGAUCAGUGAUCAAGGAGGUCGAGAGCGCUAGCAGGGAAGCAGCGGAGGUCCGGACGGACCAAACAGCGGCCAACAGCGGCCGCAGGGGCCGCGCUGCUCGAACGUCGAGCUCGUCAACGGCUUCGCCACCGCCAGACCAACCGAGCAACCCUGCUCCCCGAGUCGCUGUUGCAGACCACUUGAGCGUCACAGGUUCAGUGGUAGCCAGGCACACGGAGGACCGCAUCUACAUUGUGGUCGCCAAUCCCGGAGAUCCCGAUCGUGUGGGUGUCUUCGUGGGAAAAUGGAGGAGUCUGGAAGAGGAGACCUUGGACGAGGCUCGGGCGGUCUGGGCUCGAGCGCACCCCGACGGAGCGCAGAACUUCUUCAACAAGUGCAGCAGAGUGCGGCGAGGCUUGGAGAACAAGACCGCGGCUUGUCGCCCGCGAAUUUUGAGUGACAGUGCCGCGACUCAGGCGGCAGCCAGGUGGAGAGGUGGCGACGCGGCUCGGCAGUGGACCAGCACCCUGGCGAAGAUCGCGGCGGCGCUGCAGCAGUGGGUGGUACCGACCAGAGCAGGGCAAGCUGCGUCAGGCCAGGCGCAGCUUGCAUGCGGCGGCGCGCACCCGGCCCCUGAGGCCCGUCACCGAACCUGUGGAGGGCCCGCAGCAGUUGGCCUGGUGGCGCACCAAGCUUUCAUGGAGAACUUUCAUUCUGUUGGCGGUGUUGGUGCUCUUUCUGGUGCUCUUUCCGAAAGCAGUGGCUUUGGCAGUGACCCUCACACUGCGGCUGGUGGUCAAGGCGGCGAUGCACGUGAUCUGGUAGGGUAUGGCCAGCCGGUGGCCCACCCCAUGUUCUACUCGCCGCCGGCUUCGUCGCCACCACCUUUGCCCACCGGAAGCAAUAACAAUGAGCAAAACCGACCUGGAGUCGCCCAGGUGGCCCUCCCGACCCGCCCCUGGGACUUCCUCACUUUGGUGCUCGUCGUCUUGCAACUCCGCCAACAGCUGGCGGGAGGGGGUGGGAUAGGUGGCCCUUGCCAGUGA